AUGAAUCCUACCAAGCCUGAGCUUUAUGGAAAUCAUCAUGGUGCCAGCAAUGGCCUGACCAAUCUGCCCAGCCAUGACGCGCGCCCAUUCCAGCACCGUCUUUCCGCGUCACCCACCACUUCGGUUUCUGGCUCUGAUGACGAGCGAGAUGGUUCAAGGAAGCGCAAGAGGCCCAUGAAUGUCACCUGUGAGGCUUGCAAGCACAGAAAGGUCAAGUGUGAUCGAGUCCAGCCUUCUUGUGGAUGGUGUUCUCGCAAUGACCAUCCUUGUGAAUAUAAGCAACGAAAGAAGCCUGGAUUGAGAGCCGGUUAUGGACGUGAGCUCGAAUCCAGGCUUGAUCGCCUGGAACAACUCCUCGACGAGCAAGGCCAACAGUUGGCUGCGCAUCUUGCUGCGUCAUGCACCGUUGAUCCCUCUUCUAGUGUUGUUGCGCCUCAUUCGCGCCCAAGCGUUCCGGUCGUCAGUCCGGAAGCCCAACCACGUGGCUCUUAUGAUGCUCAGACCGUGGCUUUCUCCGCUGAUGUGAGCUAUCAGCCACAGAUGAUCGACCCAAAGUUACGUGCUUCUGCAUCGCGACAUGGGUCACUCCCCUAUCCUUCUGGGCCACAAAACAUCACGGAUCAACAGAUGACACAGGCCCAAAGCUACUACACCCCUUCAGCGAACUCUCUGACCUCGCCCCAUUCCACUGCAGGUUACCAAGGAACACAGGUCUUCAAUGAGCAUUCAGCCAUGCUUCCCCCUUAUGAUCUACUCUAUUCCCUGGUAGACCUUUACUUCAAGCACGUCAAUAUUUGGCUCCCUUUGCUGGACCGUAAAACGACCUUAGAUACCCUGUUUGGGGCGUCCUCGUUGGACGAAGCUGAGAGAGUGCUGUUGCACGCAAUCGUUGCAACCGCAUUACGCUUCUCAACAGAUCCUCGUUUGACUCCAGAGAGUCGUCGGCAUUAUCAUGAUACCUCUAAGCAGCGUGUGCAGCUAUUCGGGUUGGAGAACUCUAAUGUGAGGGCGUCGCAGGCUCUUGUCAUUCUUGCAUUAGAUGUCACUGGAACGACCAAUGGUCCUCCAGCUUGGAACCUGUUGGCCUUGAUCAGUAGAAGUAUGGUUCAACUUGGUCUCGCAGUCGAGUCCACAUCAUCAUUAGCGACUCCGUUGUAUCCCUCUAUCGCGACUCUCAGGGUCUCUGUGCUACCAGAGCCUAGGAGUUGGAUCGAAGACGAAGAACGUCGCCGACUUUUCUGGGCGAUCUAUUUGCUCGACCGAUAUGCCACCAUUGCAACGGCUUUUGAAUUUGCACUUGAUGAAAAAGAGGUUGACAGACGCCUACCGUGCAGGGAUGAUUUGUUUGCAGCGAACAAGUUUGUGGAAACACGGUGGUUUCAUCCUCCGGAGCGUCCACGAUACGCCACUGGAAUGACAGACAACCACGGACAUUUCUCCUAUCACUGUGAGCUCAUGGCUAUUCUUGGCCACAUUCACCAGUUUCUAAAACGCCCCAUCGACAUUGGUUCAUUGACGGAUGUGGAGCAGUGGCAAGGCUCAUACCGUGCUCUUGACAGCGAUCUUAAUGCUUGGCAUUUCAGUCUGCCUGACGAGUUUGCAAACAUCACCCGGCUGAUGAAAUCGAACGUGCCUGCUAAAAAUACCAAUUGUGGCUGGAUCAUGCUUCAUGCGGCAUAUUGCCUGACAGUCAUUCGCUUGAACUCAUCUGCAGCGUACCCGGCGCAAAGCUCACCUAUCUUCUCCUCCUCCUAUAGCGCAAUGCAGCGGUGCUUGUCUGCGGUUGAGAACUUGCGGCAACUAUGUCGUUUCGUUAAGCUCAGUGGCCUACUGGACAAGAUCGGGCCCCCGUUUGCUUUCGCCAUAUGGGUGGGUUCUCGUGUUAUGCUGGUGCACGGCUCCACUAUGGACCACGAGGUGGACCCUGACAUUGACUUUUUUGUGACGACUCUAUCCGAGAUGGGUGAGCACUGGCUCGUUGCGAAACGAUAUAGCGAGAUUCUUGGCCGCGUCCUUGGGGAAUACAGACAGUCACACCGGACAAGCGGGAUGACAGGGGAGAGAAUCACUCCAUCUACGGUGAAGAUUCUCGCCGAUAUGCGCCGUUGUGCCUACGACCUAGACUUUCUGAUAUCGCGUCAGCCACACGCAUCCGCAGUCAAGUCGUACCAUCCAACGCGAGCAAACACUCCCGCCCCCAAUGAAUUGGAAUAUUUGGAUGUUUUUGAUCUUUUCAACUUUCCACGGCUACCCAUGGCGCAAGAAGGGGUCGAUAACGGCAGUGCACAGAAUAUAGGUCAGGCGGCGGCCCCAGAUCUCUCUGCAAUGAGCACUGCUCUCAUCCCAAAUUUUGCAGUUCCCAAUCCAGAAGCGGAUUGGCUUUUCCAUACAGGCUAG